AUGAUGCUCGGCGAGCUGGCGGGGAGGGAGAAGCGACGUAGGGGGGAACAGGAACAGAACUGGCCGUGGGUGCUUGACGACCUGAAGGCAUUCAGGGCCGACCACGGAUCUAUGAAAACCGAUCCAUGUUGUCUCGGAAUCCCGGUACCGAAAGACACAGCCCCGAAGUUAAAGUGGACGGAAGUCGCGAAGGUGGAGGGGGGAGUAACCUGGCAUGCGGCGGUGCUGCAGGGAGCUGAGAGGUUCAUGACCUCCUGGCACGAGAAGGAAGGAGAGGCCAGCCGACAACGAGCGCUCAAACGAAACCACAAGCUAACAACCAAUGGGGCGGGAGGGGGGCAGGAGACGGGCGAGGCGGCGAGGGAAGAGAGCAAACGAGAAGAGACGGAAUACGUGCCGGAUUGAAGUUCUUUUAGCCAAUCCCCCCCCCCAACGCUACAUACUGAAACCUCACGAGUUGAGUGAUGUUGGAUAGUGCCGGACACAUUGACGCUUUGAGUCAGGAAAGACACAUACUGAAACCUCACAGGUUGAUUUGUAUUGGAGAUUGCCGGACACAUGAACGUGUUGAGUGAGGAUAGCUGCAUACUGAAAGCUCACAUAUGGAUUGGUUUUUGAGUUUGCCAGACACAUAGACGCGCUGCGUGGGGAUAGCUACAUACUGA